AUGGCUCCUUUUUUCAGGUCUUUCGGUAUAUGGGCCCUGGCGACGAUUUUCCCUCUAUGCAUCGAUGCAGCUGUUACUAUCGACAGCACGCUCUUAAUUCUCGUUCGUGACAAGAAUGCCACGCUACCAGGGACUCUCGUGCUUCAAGGCUACGGCAUACCGUACCAGGUUGUCGACCUCUCGCUGCCCGCCGCAGGAUUCCCGCAAUUGAAUUCUACACCAGAUGCAGGGAACUUCGGAGGCAUCGUUGCCGUGAGUGCUCGGGACUACAAGAAUGGAGAUGAUUGGAAGACGACUUUAAGUGACAACCAAUGGCAAGAGUUGUAUAAAUAUCAGGAAACGUUUGGUGUACGGUUGGUUCGAUUAAAUGCUUGGCCGAGCACGGACUUCGGCGUGCAGAGUUCUGGCGGUGCUUUCACUGCAGACCAGCCCGUUGCCGUUACAGAUACGAGCAGUUUCCCUACUGCUAAUUUGAUUGCGAAUGCUCAGAUAAGCACUCUCGAUGUGACUAAAUAUCCCGCGAAGAUCACAAACACAUCGAUUGCAACAGAGAUUGCCCAGUUCAGCAGUGAUAUCUCAAAGACCACGGCUGCCGUGAACAAUAAGUUCCCCAGCGGACGUGAGCAGCAAGUCUGGUUCUUAGCCUUCGACCCCAAUUUGACAUAUUCUACAUUACUGUCUCACGCUUGGAUCCACUGGAUUACCAGAGGGAUCUACCUGGGCUUCCGACGUACCUACUUGAAUACGCAAGUCGACGAUGUAUUUCUGGAGACCGAGCUUUACCAAACUAACAAGCCAUAUCGCAUACUCCCUGCCGACUUUCAGGAACAUAUCGCUUGGACUAAGGAGCUGAACUCCAAGCUUCCAGCUGGAUCAAGCUACGUGAUCGAGCUCGGCCAUAACGGCAACGGCAAUGUUGAAGCGGCAGUUGAAAAGGACUAUGACAACGAACCAGCACGAUGCGAUCCUCAAGAGGGCGUCGAGUACGAAACACAGAUCGACGGACCCUUGGAGUAUAUGAAACCCAUCGGAACCGGCAAAGACUUAUGGAACAACAAGUUCAAGAGCUAUUCAUGGUCGCUCAAAUGCUCUCAAUUAGACCCACUGGAAAUGUACUUUGCGAACAAGACCAACAUGCAUUCUUUCUUCCAUGUGUCGCAUACGUUUACGCACGAGGACGAGACGAACGCAACAUAUGCGGACGUAAUGAAGGAGAUUUCCUGGAACCAAGCUUGGUUCAAGGCCAUCGGUUUUACGGAAUCCGUUUCCGCGCCGUACUACUCGCCAAGCGGCCUCAUACCGCCAGGCAUCACUGGCCUCCAUAACGGUGACGCACUGCGUGCUUGGGACGAGAACGGCAUCCGCUAUGCGGUGGGAGACAAUUCUCGACCUAUACUUAUGAGUGUUUCCAGCCGCAAAUCGGAUUUCCAUCCCAUCGUUAGUAACGUCAAGGAAAAUGGAUACGCAGGCGUCUACAUCAUCGGGCGAUAUGGUUCCUCGAUUUACUACAACUGCGACACCCCAGAUUGCGUCAACACUGAGUGGAAAGCGAUCGCAGGUGGGUCGGGUGACUUCAAUGCACAGCUUGAAUACGAGAAGAUUGUCAAUACGAAGUACUUACUUGGCUUGCGCUGGGAUCCCUACAUGUUCCAUCAGGCCAAUCUUCGCGUAAGCGACACAAAGGCGACGACGUUGCUUGGUAAAAACAAGAAGUGGAGUCUGCUGAUGGCUUGGACCGAAGCUGUAGCGUACGAGUUUGCCAGACUGUGA